AUGGCAGAGCCAAUUGGCAUAACCGGCACAGCUGUCGGAAUCGUUUCUCUUGGCCUUCAGCUAUACACUGGGAUUUCAGAAUACCUAGAUGCCGUCAAGGGGCGCGACGAAGAUCUCCAACAUGCAAAACAAUAUGCGAAGACACUGCGGGAUUAUCUAAGAUCAAUUCAGGAGACUAUUAAUGUGAUCGGCAGCGACUAUACCGUGGCUAGACAUGCCGUUGAACAGUGCAAGUCCUCCUGCGAAACCGAGCUCAAGGGUUUAGAGGCGCUUCUUCAGGAAUUGAUAGGGCCCCUCGUGGAUCCCACUGAUCGCACUAAACAAGCGAAGAGUUCUUUACGCAAAUUCAGGUACCCCUUCAAGAGGAAGAACAUUACCAGGCUUCAGGAAAGAUUAAACUCAACCAACAAUGUGCUUAAUAUGGCCACGCUGGCUUUGCAGUUGGCUAUCUCCAACAAUACCUGUACUACCAUCGUUGGUCUACAAAAGACCGCUCACAAAAUGCAUAAAACAACGGAGAACACUGCCAGAGGUAUGAUCGAGCAGGCUAUAGCCCUGAAGCAGGCGAGCCAGACUCUGACAAAGUCUCACCAAGAGAUUCAGCUUAUCUCUCAACGCAUGCCGAAACCUCUUGAUUCGAGUAUUGAUGAGAUCCUGACACAUUUGCGCAAAACGGAAAGUCCAGGCUCUCGAAUUGCGCAGCUUCUACAAUACCCACAAGAUCUACGGCGAUUAUGCGACGUUGUUUCCAAUCUAUCACAAAGCUCAAAGACCAGUCCUGUAACGGCUGCAUCUCGGCGGGCUAAAUUGACAAGCAGUGUAAAUGCCACGUCCUAUCAACUCUGUAGUUGUGCAACACGACAAGGCUUCCGACGCCAGGGACGCCGCUUAGGACUCCUGUUCUAUGAAGUGGAGGUCCAGAAGACCAUCUUCCAUGCACCAGAAUGUCAGCUGUCAAGAAUAAUCCCAAUAGCCGAUGAAAAGAGGCGAACAGUUGGGGUUCAUAUACCUGCUAUUUUCAAGCUUUUAAGUAGCACCAUUCGACUAUCAUUUUCCCUCAAAGCUGGCGCUGGUGGAUUCAGCAUAUCUCAAAGUAUAAAUUAUACUACGACUGUCGAUGAGAACUCCUCCCUAUCUUUCAGAAUCGCUCAAAUGUUAAUCCGGCUUAUGAAUGAACGGACACCUGGAUUACGCAAUGAAGACUUUUCUAUCAUUGCGGAAUCAUGUAUCCGGCGGCUCACGCUGUCUUAUCGCAACAAACAAGCCUCCCCAAGAGAUGUAAACAGUCAUGGCGAGUCUAUACUGGACCUCCUUGCUUGGCAACUAGAUUUACUUGGCGAGCUCAUGAUGCCGGCAGAUGUUAUUUCUUAUGUAUUAAGAUCGUUUGCUACUACUAAGGUCCUGAUCACAAACAGCUCCCGAGUAAAGUACGUUUUCCUUGAACACCUCCUUGCAAACUCUAGCUGGCUGUCUGAAGCUGGCACGGCUCACGAGACAAUAGCGGCGCUGUUAGCGUGCUGUGAUAUGCCGACAGGACAAGAUUACCAUGCCUUGUAUCUCAGAUAUACUCAACAGAGUCAGAGGAAAGCUUUUCAGAACUUCCCAGAGAUUGCAGAGAAUCUGGGAUUCAACCCGCUUCACAUGGCGAUUAUCAAAGAGGAUGAAGAGGAAGUUCACCAUUUAUUGGAAAGGUACCCCUCCUAUAUAAAUGACGUCAAUUACUGUGGACAAUCGCCAGUCCACAUUGCCAUUCAAACCAGAAGCUUUCCCAUCAUGUUAGCUGUGAUACUAGCGGCUAAUACCGAGAUCCUCAACACUACAGACAACGAACAGCAGUACCCGAUUGAUAUGGCGGCUGACAUUGCGUGCCGUCUCCGUGAACGAUCAGAGGAAAGUCACCGGCAAACCUGCAAUCAAUCCAGGAUUAUAGAUCUUCUUCUCGAAUCCAAUUCAGUGCUUCUGAACACCUUCAUACAUGAGCGGUUCGACCAUACAUGCCAGCAUACGAAGAUAGUUGUUCUUGGUCAUCUCGCAAAAAGGAGGAGGGGCCUUGAACUCCUAGCUAUUUCCAAGCUUUCCGCUGCAGAAAUACAGGAUCUAGGGUUAUGCAGAGGGCAAACAUUGGACCGAAAUACUGCCAGGGUACAGCACUAUCUCGCAAAGCGUUGCCAUAUACCAGUUCAGCUCCUGUUUUGCCCAGAGGAUGACGUGGCUAAGUGGUUAGGGUGCUCAGAAUCUAUAUAUGCAUAUAUAUACGAUAGAGAUGUUGCUGAAUAUGCAAUAUCGUUGGGUUUUGAUGCUAGAACGGCUUUCACCGACGUCUUCUUCCACAUUAUACUGGCUAUAGUGUAUAGGACUUUUCCUGGAAAUGGUGAUACCUUUGGGCAUGCAUCGUUCCCAAUGUAUGUCUGCUGGAUGAUUCAUCGUGGUGCAGAUAUUGCGACGGUUGUCCCAGCGAAUUUUGCGCCGGGGGUUGUUCAGAAAGCAACAUGGGCACAUUACCUUAUGGCUUUGCUAGGGAUGUCGACGAGACGGAAUCACCAUGUAUGUAGGGCAUUACCACGGGAGGUCGCGGAAGUCGUUUCUUCGCCGGUCAUCGUCGAUGGAUGUCAAUGUCGGUGUUCUGCGCAAGGCUGCACACCGUUGGUGAAAUUCUUAGAAGGAUUAGACUGGCGCCUAACUUCUGGCCAGAGUGUCAGGUCUCUCGAGAGGUACGCUCUAAGGGCAUCAGAGAUCCUUGAGAGCUUACUACCAAGAUGCAAAGAUGGCGGACUUGGCGAUCGCUGGAUAUACCGCGCCAUAUUACGAUACCUAACGUUUUCCGCCUUGGACCUAUGCCAUACCUGUUGUGAGUUGGCAAACGAGGGCUCGGAGACUCUCCUGGAUGGAGAAGAGGUUCGCGAGUUUCACGAGGAGGAUGCAGCCCAGCCACAGAUACUAGAAGAGCUCGUCUCAAACUUUGAGGUAGGAUGCGAAAACUAUCCCGAUCUGGCUUCGUUUCUUCGAGAUAUUUGGGUCCCAAAGAUGCAACAUGUCUGUGCAGAGCUUAACUCAAGACAGCUCACAGGACAAGAGAUCAGAAGCGCGGAAGGAGCCGGAGUGAUAUGGGAGAUUUGCGAGAGCGAGGAUACUUGGGGUUCGGAGGAAGGUGAAUAUAUCAAUCCAGAAAGCUGGGCGCGAGUGGGCGGGUUGAUGUCUCAAAUGGAUUGGACUAAUGAUGAUGCGCCCUCUGCGGUAGAGGAGUGGAUGAGACGAUUAGAUGAUAUUGCCAUAGACCCCGAGCGGCCUGUGAUUAACUGA